CGUUACAGAGGGAGGGAUGCAGGGUGUGGUGAUGUAUAAAGCAUCCUUUGCACCCAUUUCUCCUUCACUGCAGCUCCUCUGACACUGACACUCAACUCUCCCAUCUCCUUAAAUCUCAGCCUGUCAUCAUCAUGUCUGACAUCCAGACAGCUAUGGCCCUCCUCAUCACUUCCUUCACCAAAUAUUCCGGCAAGGAGGGAGACAAGCACAGCCUUAGUAAGGAAGAGCUGAAAGAUCUUCUUCAGAAUGAGUUUGGGGAAAUGCUGUGUAAAGCCAAUGACAAGGCAGCCAUUGACCGCAUCUUCAAGGACCUGGACACAGACAAGAGCAACAGCGUGGAUUUCGGUGAGUUUGUCAACCUGGUCGCCUGCCUCACUCAGAUGUGCCACGAGCACUUCAUCGGCAAGAAAUAAGGAUCCAGGCGCCACCCUGAGGCCAGUGGCGAGAGCUGUGAACGAGAAGACGUGGCGCUGAAAAGCGUCAACGCGAAAGCAUGACAAUGAAGUCACAACAAAAAUUUAUUGCAAUGAAAUAAACUUUUUUUUUUUCUCUCUGAAA